CCCCCAAAUUUUGCCAAAUUUUUACCCGAAUUUUUCCCAACUUUUACCCAAAUUUUACCCCAAUUUACCCGAAUCGGGUGAAAUUUGCUGCCGGAAGGGGGGAGGGGGCGGGGCUUGCGCUGGUUUGGCGGGACACCCCCCCCCCCCCCCCCCUUUAAAACAAGAAUUUUUGGGGUCACCCCCAAAUAAAGGAGAUUUCCCCCCAAAAUCAGGGCUCCCCUCCUCCCUUAGGGGCGGAUUUUGGGGCGUCCCGGGGGGGCCACAAAAUGGGGAAGGGCUGACCUGAGGGAGCUCCCCCAAUCUUUGCCCAUUUGUUACCCAAAUUUUGGCCAAACUUUACUCAAAAUUAACUCAAAUUUUAUCUACAUUUUGCCAAAACGUUGCCGAAUUUUUACCUGAACUUUUCCCAUUUUUUAUCCAAACUUGACCCAAAAUUUGGCCAGAUUUUACCCGAUUUUUAUCAAUUUUUUACCCAAUUUUUCCCCCAGUUUUGCCCAAAUUUUUCCCUUGUUUUACCCAAAUUUUUCCUAAACCUACCCAAAUUUUACCCAAUUUUUCUCUGAAUUUUUCUCAUACUUGACCAAGGUUUACCCAAACCUUAUCCAAGUUUAACCCAAUUUUAGCUCAAAUUUUACCCAAAUUUUGGCCCAAAUUCUGUCGGAAUUUCACCCAAUUUUUACCCAAAUUGGGAUAAUUUUGCAUCCGGAAUGGAGGAGGGGGCGUGGCUUAAACGAAGGGGGCGUGACUUAAGGACAGUGGGCGUGGCUUGGGCUGGUUUGGCGGGUCCCGCAAGUUAAAAAAAAGGGGAAAUUUUUGGGGUCAGCCCCAAAACGCGGAGAUUUCCCCCCAAAAUUCGGAAUUUUCCCCUCCCCCCCACCCCCACCCGGGGCUCCCCUCCCCCCCCAGGGGUCCCCCGGGGCCGCCCCUCCCCCACCAUGGCCGAGGACCUGGAGCCGCUCCUGGAGGGGGAAGCGUUCCUGGACCUGUGGAACAUGCUCCCCAAUAACAUCAGUUCCAUGCCCGAGGAUCUGCUGGAAUGGCAGCAGCUGAGCCCCCCCGGGGUGGGGGAGGGGGUGGGGGAGGGGCGGGCGCUGCCCCCCGCCCCCCGCAGAGCCCCCCCCGCCCCGCCCCCCCCCGCCCUCGGCCGUGGUCCCGUCCACCGAGGAUUACGGGGGGGAGCAACGACUUCAGGGUGGAGUUCCGAGAGAUGGGCACGGCCAAGAGCGUCACCUGCACCUACUCCCCAGUGCUGAACAAGCUCUUUUGCCGCCUGGCCAAGCCGUGCCCGGUGCAGGUGCGGGUGGGGCUCCCGCCGCCCCCCGGGGCCCUGCUCCGGGCCCUGGCCGUGUACAAGAAACCCGAGCACGUGGCCGAGGUGGUGCGGAGGUGCCCCCACCACGAGAGGGCCGGGGGGGACCCCGAGGGCAAUGCCCCCGCCCAGCACCUGAUCCGGGUGGAGGGGAACCCCCAGGCUCGGUACCAGGACGAUGAAACCACCAAGAGACACAGCGUGGCCGUGCCCUAUGAACCCCCUGAGGUGGGCUCCGAGUGCACCACGGUCCUGUACAACUUCAUGUGCAACAGCUCCUGCAUGGGGGGCAUGAACAGGAGACCCAUCCUCACCAUCCUCACCCUCGAGGGACCUGGGGGUCACAUCCUGGGCCGGCGCUGUUUCGAGGUCCGGGUCUGCGCCUGCCCUGGGCGGGAUCGGCGCCAUGAGGAGGAGACCCAGCGCAAAAGGGGCGGGGCCAAGCGAGCCCUGCUGCCCCCGGAUGAGGCCCCCGAGAGCUCCAAGAAGCGACUGCAGGACCCCGAGACCGAAAUCUUCUCCCUGCAGGUGCGGGGCCGGAAGCGCUUUGAGAUGUUCCGCAUGGUCAACGAGGCCCUGGAGCGCACCUACGACCGGGGGGGGGCCCCCCAAAAGUCCAAGGGGCGCCGCCCGCGGGGGGAGGGGCGGGUGCCCCGUGGGAAAAAGCUGCUGCUGAAGGCGGAGUCGGGGGAGUCGGAUUGACCACGCCCCCUUCGUCUGGAAACCACGCCCCCUUCCCAACCACACCCACUCACCCCGGUUUCCCAUUGGCCCUCCUGUCCUAGUUAGCCCCACCCAUUUCUCCUGUUUAACCCCCGCCCACUUCAUGCUUGACCACACACCACCUGCCAAUCACUGCUUUAGCCACACCCCCAAGGUUUAACCACGCCCCCUUUGCCCCAUUAUAACCACCCUGCUUUAGCCAUGCCCACAUGAUUGAUUCCCUGCCCUUAAGCCACGCCCCUGUUGAUUUUAUAAGCCACGCCCCCAUCCUGCAUGACGUCAUUCCUGGCCCCGCCCUCCCCCCCGGUUUUUAAUGGGUUUUUAUACAAUAAAGGGAUUUUUAUAGCG